AUGGAGAAUAAGAACAACCCAAUGUUGCUCCUUGUACUCUCCGUCUUCUCCUUCUUGCUCCUCAACCCGGCCGAGGCCCAUGUUGGCCGCCCUGCCCUGCACGGGAUGGCUAACCUCCAGAUCACCGCCGCGUGCCGCAAGACCUCCUACCCCGACCUCUGCGCCACCACCUUGGGCGCCAACAUGGAUGCCACGGUCGGCGUCAAAGACUCGACGGCCAUCUUCAAGACCGCUCUCAAGGCCGCUGUCGCCGAGGCCAAUGCCGCCAUCAGCAAAACCGAGAGACUUAUCGUGGCGGUGGACAACCCCAUGGACCUCGACUGCCUCACCUCGUGCAAGAAGUACUACAACGAGGCAAUCGCGCGGAUUCAGGAGGCCAUGACUGACAACAACUACAACUCCGUCAUGAGCACCCUCAGCUCAGCAAUAAGCCAGAUCAGUACGUGCGGCGACGAUUUCGAGCCGAGAGUUAACAAGAUGGCCAAGAUUAACCAGCGUGCUCGCGGAGUCAUCGAUAACGCCCUCGCCCUCGCUGGGUUCGCCAGGUGGUAA